AUGCAGUCAGCCAACAACAACAACAACAACAACAACAACGACAACGACAAUGGAAAUGGAAACCUUGCAAUCGAUCUCGAUUGGGGAUUGCAAGAGCAGCGAGUGCAACCCAAUCCAGUGGAUCCUCCAGGCAACAACAGCCAUGCCUCUGAUGAUCAGAGCAAUUGUAAGAUAACCAAUGACAAUGAUGGUGACAAAGGUAGAACAUGUUCGGGUAAGAAAAAGAAAACCGAGGGCAUAGAACAACCACCCAUUGAUCCUAGCCUCUUUAAAAUAUCGGAGCAAGAGAAAGAAUGGGCCAUUGAGAUUAAGGAUGCCAUAGAAAAUCUACCAGACUUGGAUGAUCUCUCUGACUUUAUGUAUGUCAAUUUGGCUAUUAGUGGUAAGGGUAGCCUUGAAUGGGCUGUUGAUAGAGCCUACAAAAUGCAGGAAGUGCGACAAGAGUACAAUAUUGCACUGACGUAUGAAGAGGGCAAACGCUCCCUUCAAAGAAUGACUGAACUCUUGCCCAAUUAUUUCAUGUCCUAUGAUUUUGAUCCGCACAGUGGCAAAUGUACCUUGGUGAUGGAUGCGGCCAAUCCCACCAUCAAAGUCAUGAGGAAUCCCAGAUCAGGAGAUGAAUUGUGCCGCGCUGUGCACUACAUGUGCUAUGCCACAUUCCCCAGUUUUGAAAGUGUUCGAUUGGGUAAUAUUCAUAUUUUUGAGUGUCAAGGAUGGCAAAUGUCAAUGAACAAGGUUGAAAUUGUGAAGAAGAUCGGCCAUGCUUCUCAUGAUGCUUUUCCUUCCAACUUGAUUACCAAGUUUUAUCACACUUCCAGCAUGACCAAUAUAUUCUGCUCUAUGGCCAAGAAAUUAUUAUCCAAAGAUGUUGGUGACAGGUGGCAGUUUGGGUGCAAAUCUGAGGCUGGUCGACUGGACAAGUUCUACAUGGUGCCAACACCAGAAGCUGCCACACAGAGGGUUUUGAACAAUUGGUACAAGUCACUAUGGAUUCGAAUGGAGAGUGAGAAGACUUUCAAAUUAGACGAUGAAUGAUCAAUCUGAUUAUUAAUACUAGUAGUGCCUUUCUCAAUUGUGUUUGUCUGGGGUUUCACGAGAAC